GGCCCGCCCCGCGCCCGGCCCGCCCCGCGCCGGCCCGGCGGCUCUCACCUGCGCGGCGGACUGGGGCAGGGGCUGGGGACCGGGCGGCACCAUGAACAGCGGCGGCGCCAACAUCACCUACGCCAGCCGCAAGCGGCGGAAGCCCGUGCAGAAAACAGUAAAACCAAUCCCGGCCGAAGGAAUCAAGUCAAAUCCUUCCAAGCGACAUAGAGAUCGACUUAAUACAGAGUUGGAUCGUCUGGCUAGCCUGCUGCCUUUCCCGCAAGAUGUUAUUAAUAAGCUGGACAAACUUUCAGUUCUUAGGCUCAGUGUCAGUUACCUGAGAGCUAAAAGCUUCUUUGACGUUGCAUUAAAAUCCUCUGCUGACAGAAAUGGAGGCCAGGAUAACCGCAGAGCAUGGUUCAGAGAUGGCCUGGAUUUGCAAGAAGGAGAAUUUUUCUUACAGGCUCUGAAUGGCUUUGUAUUGGCUGUCACUACAGAUGCUUUGGUCUUUUAUGCGUCUUCAACUAUACAAGAUUACUUGGGCUUUCAGCAAUCUGAUGUCAUACAUCAGAGUGUAUAUGAAUUUAUCCAUACUGAAGAUCGAGCUGAAUUUCAGCAUCAGCUCCAUUGGGCAUUCAACUCACAAGAUACAGACUCUGGACAAGCAAUUCAUGAACCUCAUGGUCUCUCACAGCCAGGAGUCUCUUAUAUCCCAGACCAGAUUCCUCCAGAAAACUCUUCUUUUAUGGAGAGGUGCUUCAUAUGCCGACUAAGGUGUUUGCUGGAUAAUUCAUCUGGCUUUCUGGCAAUGAAAUUCCAAGGAAGGUUAAAGUAUCUUCAUGGACAGAACAAGAAAGGGAAAGAUGGAUCAAUACUUCCUCCUCAGCUGGCUUUGUUUGCUAUAGCCACUCCACUUCAGUCACCAUCCAUACUUGAAAUUCGAACCAAAAAUCUCAUUUUUAGAACCAAACACAAACUGGAUUUUACACCUAUUGGUUGUGAUGCCAAAGCCCAGAUUGUUUUAGGUUACACUGAAGCAGAACUGUGCUCAAGAGGAUCGGGAUAUCAGUUUGUUCAUGCUGGGGAUAUGCUUUACUGUGCCGAAUCCCAUAUCCGGAUGAUGAAGACUGGAGAAAGUGGCAUGACAGUUUUCAGGCUUCUUCUGAAACAUAACCGGUGGGCUUGGAUACAGUCCAAUGCACGUGUAGUCUAUAAAAAUGGAAGACCGGAUUAUAUCAUUGCAACUGUACGAGCUCUGACAGAUGAAGAAGGAAGAGAGCAUUUACAAAAACGCAAUAUGUCAUUCCCUUUUAUGUUUACCACUGGAGAAGCUGUGUUGUACGAGACCAGCAACACUUUUCCUCCUAUGAUGGAUCCCUUACCAAUACGGACUAAAAGCAGCACUAGUGGACAAGACUCUGCUACCAAAUCAACUGAGAAUAAGGAUUCCCUUCAUCCCAGUUCCCUCUUGGCUGCUGUGAUGCCACAAGAUGAGUCUAUUUAUCAUUACCCUGCUUCAAAUACUGCACCUUUUCAAACAAAUUUUUUUAACGAUUCUGUGAUUGAAUGCAGUAAUUGGCAAGAGAAUAUUGUACCACUGGGAUGUGAUAAUAUCCCCAAACAUAGACAAAUUGGACAGUCUCAGGAGAUGAACCCAGUGUUCUCUGGAAGUCAUGCAGGGCCCUUUCCAGAUAAUAAAAAUAGUGAAUUGUACAGCAUUAUGAAAAACCUAGGCAUUGAUUUUGAAGAUAUCAAGCGCAUGCAGAAUGAGGAAUUUUUCAGGACUGACAUGUCUGGUGAGGUUGACUUCAGAGACAUAGACAUAAGGGAUGAAAUACUGACAUAUGUCCAAGAUUCUUUAAGUAAGUCUUCAUUCCUGAGUUCAGAGUACGAACAGCAACAGGCUGUGACCCUGAAUUCAAGCUGUAUGGUACAAGAACAGCUAGAGUUAGAACAGCAGCAGCUUCAGCACCAUGAAAAGCAAAUAGUAGUGGAAGCACAGCAACAACUGUGUCAGAAAAUGAAACAUAUGCAAGUUAAUGGCCUGCUUAGGAAUUGGAGCUCUAACCCAUCCAUGCCUUUCAGUUGUCCUCAGCAAGACCUUCAACAGUAUAGUGUGUUUCCAGACUUAAAUGGGGAGAAUCCAGAGUUUCCCUGCAAAUCUGAGCUGGACACCAUGCCUUAUACACAGAACAUUGUUCCCUGUGACCAGUCUGUCUUACCCCAGCAUUCCAAAUGUACACAGUUAGAAUUUCCCAUAGGGAAUUUUGAACCAUCCCUAUACCCUACAACUUCUAAUGUAGAAGAUUUUGUCACUUGUUUACAAGUUUCUGAAAACCAAAGACAUGGAAUAAAUCUACAGUCCACCAUAGUAACUCCUCAGACAUGUUAUACUGGGGCCAUGUCAACAUAUCAGUGCCAACCAGAACCUCAGCACACCCAUGUGGAUCAGAUGCAGUACAAUCCAGCAAUUCCAGGUCCACAGGCAUUUGUAAACAAGAAUGGAGGAGUUUUAAAUGACAUGUACCCUGCUCAAUUAAGUAACAUAAGUAACACUCAGACUGCCACACAUCUUCAGCCACUUCAUCAUCCAGCAGAAACCAGACCUUUCCCUGACUUGACACCCAGUGGAUUCCUAUAAUUCCAAACCCAAUUUUCACCUUAAUUUUUUACUAGUUUGUGAAGAAUCACAGAAUAAAAAACCUGUCAAUGUUGGACAUCAGCAAAUUCACACGGAGCCAGUGAUGCAUGUUGUUCGCACUGUUAUUCCAAAUCAAAUUGUAACGUUUGCCUUUGUAAAAUUCAACAUUACAUGUAGCAUCCUUGUUAAAACAGAAAAUGUGCUGCCAGAAAAGUGAGAUCAUUUACAUUUCACAUCCUCUGGGUUCCACAGAAUAUGCGAAACUUAUGCAGGAGAACUUUAAGACCCUUUGAAACCAGAAAACUCUCUGUGUGUGCAUUAUUUCUGUCAGAAUAACAAUGAAAUACUUUAAAUUUUGAACUUACGGAUUUUCAUCAGUGUACUAAAUACAAAGUGAAAAGACUAACAUCCUCCUAUGUUUUUAGCAUCUGCUUUUGUCUUUCUGCUUUUAAAUGGUUAGGUGUUUUUAUAAAAAGAUACAAUGCUUUCCUCCUUCACUGUUAAUCUAAGUGCCUCACAUUUUUCCUACCUAUGACUCUGUAGGAUGUAUAUUUUAUAUAAAAUAUUCUUUUCUUUUUUAAAUUAAUAACAUUCUGCACACAAAUAUUACUUGUAUUUCCUAAAUUCAGUCAUUUUUAUUCAGGCAUGUUUUUGCUGCACUACUCACCACUGUCUUUAGGUAAAGGGCAAAUAUUAAUAGGAUAAUUAUUUAUUAUGUAAUCUAGUUGCUUCUGUGCUUUAAAUAUUGUAUGUGCCUUAUGUUGAAAAAUUCCAAAGUAAAAUGUCUUUCCAAAUUAUUUCAUAAUUAUUAUAGAAAUAUUAAGACUAGCACUUAAAUUUCAGUAGUGUUUUCAGAAGAGAUGUAUCACUGUUUACCUUUACUGAAAUCUCACAAUGGCAGUUGAAUGUUGCCAUGUGAAAAAUCUUUUGUUAAAUGGAACCAUGUUUAUUAAAUUACAGUGAAAAGCAGCAGGCUUAUGUCUAGCUUUUUAAUUAAAUUAAGCAAAGCAUUCAUUUCGGUGUGUAUAAAUUUUCUGUAAAAUGUCUUACAGCUAUAACCCUUUAUGAUAUAGUAUUAUAUUAACUUUAUAAAUUUCACUUUUUAAAACAGUGGAACAUUUGUUUUUUAAUCAUAUUUGAGGAGUUUUAAGGUUGAAGAUAGCAAUUUUUGGUGCAAAGUAUUGUAAUGAAUGAAAAGAAUGGUGCAUUGUACAGACAUAUUGAACAAAAUGACUUGUAAAAUACUGUCAGUAUUUCAUUUAAGAGUAGUCCAUACCCUAUAUAUGCACAUAAUUUGGACUUUAUGUAUAUUUUAUCAGUGUGUCUUAAAUAAUGGACUGAACAGCUUUUAAAUUGAUAUCAAGAAAAAGAAAAUGACAUAGUUUACCUUUAAAAGUUGGUUUUCUAAUACAGUGACUUUCAUUACCAAAAAAGACAAAUUAAUCAUCCUACCCACUUUACUGUCCUUAAGCAAUUUAAAGGAAAAAAAUGCCAUUAUCUGCUAUUCUUUUACUUAAAUAUAACAUCUGAAGUGCAUAUACACAUUUUAAUAUGUUACUCAAAAAUAUGAUGGAAUCUCAAAGAUUAGUACAAAAAUACAUUUUUAUUUUCUUAAUAUAUACAAAGAUGAUACAAAAUAUCUCAGUUAUGUACAUUUUUAGUCAAAAUUUUGAAUCUUUACAUUAAUUCAUGUUGAAAAAGAUUUGUCUAAACAUUUCAUAAUUUGUUUCUAGAAUGAGUUAUCACUAAGAAUUUAAGCCAGUGGUUUAAAUUAAUAUUCUAUUUUUACAUUUAAAUUUCUCAUUAGAAGUAUUCAUAUAAACCAGUUUUGUUAUUUUAUGUUAUUGGAUGAAUUGUUUAGCUGAAAAACUAGGAUUUUAAAAUUGUGACUAUGAUGACAACCGGUUAUACACUUUUAAAUUAACAGUUUUUAAAGCAAUAUUGUAAUUUUUACCUACAUAAAAUAAUUAAAAUUUAUCUGAAAUAAUAAAAUCACAUUAAAUUACACCUUUGUCUGUAUUGCUAAGUCCCAAAGAAAGAAUAGAACUGCUAUUUUAAGGGAUUUAUUUGUAGACAGUAUGCACAUCUAAAGAUGUGGAUGUGUCUAAUUUGAACUUUUCCUGUACCAGGUUGUGCUUUCAGUACCUGAAGAUUUACCAGUGAUUCCAUGUAAUAUGAAGCUUUAAAUCACUAUUAUGUACACACUAAUGUUUUCCAGUAUUAAUAAAUUUUAGGUAAAUCUUUUUAUAGUUUUUCUCUUUCCUUCAAAAUGUUACUACUUACAUAUCCCAUGCAUAGAUUUUUGUUUAAAGUAUGAUUUAUAUAUCCUUACUUAGUAAACAAAAUUGUAUAUAGUAAUAAAAUAAUGACCAUAUAUGAGUAACCUAUUGUAAUGUAGAUUCUCCUUUCUGAUCCAUAUAAGGGAAAUGAUUGCUUAUAGUAUAGUAUUGUGACUAUGUCAGAUGAAGGUUAGCUAUAAUAGUUAAGAGUAUAAAUUAAUAAUUCAUAAACAUCUUCCCCAAUUUUUCCCCUCAAUGUUUUGGCCUCUACAUGAAUAGUUAAAAACAUACUUUUAAUAACUUCAUAAAUUAAAAUGGUUCUGAAAUUGACUUUGUUUUCCUUUUUAUGUGAUACUAGGGCUUGAACCUAAGGCCUUACACCAGUCUACAUUUCCAUCUUCCCAUCCCUUUUUAUGUCUGUAUGUAUUUUCUGUGAGGAAGACAGAGUCUAAGUUGCUAAAUUGUCCAGCCUGGGCUUGAACUUGCGAUCUCCCUGCCUCACCCUCACAGAGUGCCAGAAUUACAAGCUUGUGCCACCGUGCUGUGCUGAAAUAGACUACUUUUUCUUCUUAAAAACCUUGUAUUAUCAGUUUUAUAAAUGUGAUAGUGUUAGUAUCUCAGUAUAACAGAGUAUUUUAGGGGGAAAAAAAAAAAAACUAAUGAGGAAACUCAAGUUACACAUUUAGAGAUGAGGAAACAGGCC